AUGCAUAUUCAAAUGAAAGUAAUGGAAGGGAAGCUUCGAACAGUUGACUUGAUCUUGGAAGUUCAUGACUCACGAGUGGCUCUCUCAGGAAGGAAUUCAAAUUUUGCUCAAAAAUUGUUUUCAGUAAGACCACAUAUUUUAGUGAUGAAUAAAAAGGAUUUGAUCGACCAAGAAAGAUACAGAGAACAAAUAGAGAAACAUUACAACUAUCAAGGUGUUGAAAACAUUUUUUGGACAGAUUGCACAAAACGUGUGGAUUCACAAUGGGAUGCUUUAAGAGAAAAAAUGUUGGAAUUAUUACAAAGAGAACUUCGAUUUAAUAGAACAGUUAAAACAGAAUAUCAAGUAAUGGUUAUUGGAAUUCCUAAUGUAGGCAAAUCUUCUUUAAUUAAUGCUUUUAGAAAGAAUAAUUUGGGAUAUGAAAAGGCUCAUGCCGAAGGCCCUUUUCCUGGUGUCACUACAAGAGUUCAAAAUCGUGUUAGAAUAUGGCAAGUUUCUUGUAUUUUUUGGUAAAUUUUUACUAUUUUUUUGUAGGGAUCGACCAGCAAUUUAUAUUUUGGAUACUCCUGGCGUAUUAAAUCCAUGGUUAGUUUUUUUCAAAUUUGAUAAAGAAAUGUUAAAUUGAUGGUUCCUCGAUGGAAUGCUCAAAGUUGAUCAUUUUGAUUGAUGAUAUUCUGGGCAUAUUUUUACAUUUUCUGAUCAACCCAUAAGGCCAAAACCCAGAAAGUCAAGAUCCAGAAGGUCAACGACGGAUUCAUGGAAAUUAAGGAGGAUAUUUGUGGAUUUGGGCGGAUUAAGAUGGAUUUAUUUGGAUUAAGGGAAUUAAAACGUAACUUCU